AUGAACUACAUUGAAUACGGUAUCAGCCGCAUAUUCGCGGGUGCCAAAGGCCGCGAUGCGCGCCUUUUCACGAAAGGCGCUGCUUUUGCACAGCUGACCAGCCCAACACUGACUCUCGACUGUCCCGAGGUGGGCGCGUCCGGAUCGCAAAUGCCCGCCGACCUCUCCGCUGACGGCGCUGGGCGCUUUCCCACCCUGAGCUGGGCUGCAGCAACCCCGGCUGUGAAAGAAUAUCUGCUCAUCAGUGAGGAUCCCGAUGCGCCUCUGCCUUCGCCGAUUAUCCACGGAAUCUACUACGGCAUCCCGGCCAGUGUGACCGGCGUGAGCGCAGUGGACUUCGAAACGGCCGAGGGCGAGUUCAUGCUUAAGGGCGGCUUCAAGUACGGCAAGAAUCGACGGGGGAAUGUAUACAUUCCCCCCUCGUCCGCUGCUGGCGAGCCUAUUGAUGCGACUGCGCUAAGCCCCCUGCCAACCGCCGAGGAAGUGGGGAAAGAGAUUGAGGGGAAGGUGGUGGGUUGGGGCGAAUGGGUCGGUUCAUAUGAGAGACAAUGGAAGUGA